UUUCAACAGCAGCAACAGUUCGUCAGCCACCUCGGUAGCUUGCUAGACAACAUAGCCGAACCAAUAAAGCACUAUAGACGCUUUAGUGUAUAUUAGCCACUAUGUUUUAAACCCACUUAUGUCUUCUAGUUAAUUAUCCAAUUUAAUUUCAUAUUUACGGCGCUGUUGUUUUUAGUCAUCCAGCUGGCAGUUAAGUUAUCACUAGCCUAGCUAGCUAACAUCCCCGACCAUGAGGUCACUAAGCUACUCUCCUGCUAAAGAAGAUGAGGUCUGCUGGACGGAGAAAGAAGUUAACGUUAAAGAGGAGGAGGAAGAGAAGGCUGUUACAGUAAAACAAGAAGUAGACGGUGAGGCUGUUAACGUGAAAGAAGAGGAAGACGCGUUGAGAGUGAAAGAGGAGGAUGAUGUUACAGUGAAAGAGGAGGAGGAUGUUACAGUAAAAGAAGAGGAGGAAGAGGAGGAUGCUGUUUUUGGAGUGAAAGAGGAGGAGGGGGAGAUGACUGUCACAUUGAAAAAGGAGGAGGAAGAAGAGGAGGAAACUGGAUAUCUGGGCCUGGUUUCCCAAAGGCAUCUUAUGUCAUACAGUGGUUCUAAUGAUGAACUUAGCCGUGAAAUGGUUUUGAAAAACCGGUCCCUGAUUAACACUGCCGUAGCCCUACAGGUCCCCCCAUCGCUCCCUCGGCCUCUGCCUCCAACUGACCAAGUCCCGGCCCCGGUUCCUGUCCCGGCCCCUGCUCCUGCCCUACUGGGGCAGAGCGAAGAGGAGGAUUUGCCCCGGCAGUCCUUCCUGCCUCCAAGGCCUGCCUCAGAAAGUGCUGAGCUGCUGCUUCCAGAGAGUUGGCGUUCAUCUCUUACCAAGGAGCAGCAGCGGUGGAUCGGCCGCACGCUGUUCACCAGGAACAGCUUUGGGAGGUCGACACUCACCACUGACCUGGUCACGUGGUGGACGCCUCCCCAACCGCGGCCGAUCUACAAUCAGCCACCCGCAUCCCCUGACCCCUUCUUCGCAUGUCAGCUGUUCCUUUGGAUGCCCGUACGUAUAUGGGCAUACAAGCUGGCAUGUCCCCAGUCUGGGUGCAGAGGCACACUCUGCAAGGCUGGGCUCUACAAGACCAUCCGGAGGGUCUUGGACAUCGACCGCUGGUAUCUCAUGGCCACUGAGUACCUGGAAUGCGGUCGGUGUAAGAAGAAGGUCGCGGGGUGGUCACGGGACCUUGUCAGUCAGCUGGACGCUCGGCAUCGCUGCCAGUUCCCAGCAAUAUUGACAUACAAGCUGUCCUGUGACCUGCGGGUUGUGAGGAUGCUGAGGUCGCGCACUUUGGGGAACAGUGCGUCACAGACCUACAGCAAGCUGUGUGAAAGUCACAGCGAGUCCUGGAUGCGGAGUUGUAUACGGUACCUCGGGGAGUGCGAGCAGUUUCUGGCCUUGGGCUCUGGGCGGCAGUUCACUGAUCCACCGGAGAUGCCCCCGGUGCCCUCACCCGUCUGGCUGCUGACAGUCUACAGCCAUGACGUGCUGUCGCGGCUGGUCGAGCUGAAGUCCAGGGUCACCUCCAUCUUUGGGUCCAUCUUAAAGAUGGACUCUACCAAGAAGGUGACUAAAAAGCUUGCGAGUACCGCUGCAGACACGGCCGCCUGGGUUACCAACGUCGGUAACGAGUAUGGCCAGGUCCUCGUCAGUGUCCUCACUGCCGGUGAGAGCGAGGGCCUGCUCCCCAUGGCGGCUGGUCUCAUGGAGCGGUACCGGCUUGCCGGGGUGGCGCCCCCCCAGCUCAUGUACGUGGACCGAGACUGCUGCUCCAGCUUCGGCGGAUCAAAGACAGCUGCCAUGUACAAUGAGUGGGACCAGCUGGUGGUUCGGCUGGACAUCUGGCACCUGAUGCGGCGGUUCGCGUCAGGUGUCACCACUGAGAGCCACCAGCUCUACGGUCCCUUCAUGCGGCAGCUGUCAGCCUGCAUCUUUGAGUGGGAUGCAGGCGAUGUCCGCCGACUGCUGGAGGCCAAGAGGUCUGAGCUGGAGGGGAAGCACGGGAUGGUCGGCCUCACCGAGGCGGAGGUUUCGAGGCAGAUCGGCAGGAAGGAGAUGGCACUUCACUGUCGGCGUCGUACGCGUGGAGCUGCGGUAACCGAAGUCCUUCUCCUCGACCUCCUCGAGACCUUCAACAGCGAGAAGCGGGUCGACACCCUGGGCAUCCCGUUGCUGGACUCCAUCCGCAUCCAGGCAAUCUGGAAAGAGCAGAGGCGCCACCUCCACUGCAUACAGGACCCACCCGGUGUACAGCUGUACACCGAGACCGGCAAAAUCACCAAGGGCGGCGUGAUUUUGCCGGUUUAUCGCUGCGCACGGGGCUCUACAUCCUUGGAGUCAUUCCACCUCCACCUCAACCGGUUCAUCCCAGGUACCAGGGCAAAUGCCAUGCAUUUCCAGGCAUUCCUGUUGGAUGGACUUGUGAGGUGGAACGAGGACCGUGCGCAAGCGGCAGUGGAGGGAAAGAACAGGCAGCCCCUGCUCUCCUACAGUGGCCAUCUGCAGCACAUCCUUAACCUUAGCAGCCAAAGGGUGCUUGGCAAGGAACAGGUUAAGGACUACACCAAGCCUAGCGAGUACACGGGGGAACUCCUCGGAGUGGAGUACCUGUACUCGCAGACUGGCAGAGUGCUGCAGGAUGUCAGCGCGGACCCUGACCUUCCGGAAGAGGCAGCCGCCGUCGAGCAGCUCGACGAGGAGGAUGAGGGCUUUCAGGAGGAGGAUGUGGACCCAACAGUCCACAUCCCUCAUGUUACUCCUAUGAGCGCCCCGUCCUCCAGCUCAGCGGCACCUCUAUCAGGGGAACCCGCUGAUGCACCCAGGUCUGGGCCAUCCAGUCCCACCGCCCCUGAAGACGGAAGCUCUCCUGAGGCCCCUGAUCGACACGGUUCUCCUCACCCUGACCACUCCUCUGAUCCAGAGGGGGAGACACAAGGCCCUGAUGCAAUGCCGGGCUACCAGCAUGUCUGCAGGCUUGCCAGGGCCUUGGUGAGGGUGAGGAACCAUCAGGGGCUCUCGGACCGCAGGGUAGACGGUCUGGUGGCGCUGUGGCUGGCGUUGCCAGACUUCGAAAAGCAACACUUGAUCAACCCUGCCCGACACCAGGAGAGGAUCGUUCAGGGGCGGUUCAAGGCAACGAAGGGGAAGUCGUCCAUUAUCCUAGGAAAAGACUCUCUCCAACGUUGCCUUCUCGGACUCAACAUGGGCCCUGCAAGUUGGCCAGGCACCAGCCGUUUGGUGGAGGCAAUUUGCAGACAGCUCUGUCAAAUCCAUCCCAGCGCCACGCAGUCUGCCGGCGUCAAGAAGAGCAGGUGGGCGCUCAUUCUGGCAGACUACGUGGCCAUCAGGGAGGCAGUGCUGAACAGCCCGAGGUUGAUGGCCCAGACCAACCUUCAGCUCUUUGAGCUGAAUCAAAAGACCAUCAGUCAGUGGUACUCCCGGUGUCAGAGGGAGAGGAUGGCGCUGCAGCAGGGAUUGGGGCUCGCUCCUGCCCCCAGCGUCACCGCCCAGCCCCUCCCUGCAGCCAAGCCCCUCCACUACCAGCGGGAGGGAAUCCAGGCACUCUUCCCUUUCCCUACGCCGCCCCCCCCGGUCCCACGCCAGACCACCCAGCAAGGAGGGCCCGCCCACGCGCCCAUUCUGCCAGCCUACCUGGAGCAACAACCCCCCGCACUUCCCGGCCCCUCCCAAGCCCUGCAAGCCCAAGGACCACAGACGGGCUCCUCUUUACCUCCUCCGGUGCCAAGGACAACGGCUUGGAGGAGGAAGAGGAUGGCGGAGGACAAAGAGGAGGGGACAGCUGGGAAGAGAAAGAAACGCGAGCAGUACGUCUGCUCCAAAUGCGGGUUGCCGAAGCGGCGGGAGACGGGGCACAGCCGCUUCGGCGGAGUGGGAUUCUGCUCUGUUGCUGCGGGGGGUAAGACCGUGGCCCAGUGGCUGGCGGAAAUGAAGGACGCUAAGGGGCGAGGUGAAGGACACUGACCCACUGGCUGGGUGGUCGGACGUUUUUAUUGUAAAUAGUUCCCUGUUCCCCUCUACCUGGACCGAGACCUUGAAUGCGGUGUAGAGGCUUGUGUGUGUUGAGGACCCUCAGAGCUAUAUUGUCUGUAGUCUAUAAGACUACUGGUAGGUUAACCCAUGGUAAGCAGUCCUGAGGCGAGACACCAGACUAACAUCGGUCCGUUCCCAAGCAAAAUGCACGUUUUAUGAGCACAUGAACAUUUUAUUUACAUAGUUCAAUAAAAGGACUGUGUAGCAAAGACAGACAGGAUCGUGAUGAACCUGUAAAAAAAAAAAAAAGGGAUAGACAUUAAAAUAUACAUGUAUAAAUCAAACAUGAUUUAUCAAUACAUCUUCAAGUGAAAACUCAACUUCUUUGUAGAGCUAAUGUUUUUUUCUACAGCAGUAGCUAUAACACAUAGAUAAAACAAUAUAAGGCAUGAAUAACUUACCUUUUGCAAGUAUAGAAAUUUCUGUCCACAGGUCAGUGGCCCAGAUGCACUUCAAACUGCUCUUGAUGGUGUAACGCCAAUCAAUCAAUGCUCCAGGCGCCCUAUCACUGCGAAUGAUAUACAUACACCUGACGGUUAAAAGAAAUAGAGCCUGUAUGCAUGCAAAUGUCCCAUGUACUAAGGCAUACACACAUACACAAUACAUUAGAGCAAUUAUGGUGUGUUAUUUUGUGUAUAGAGAUUGCUGACAUUAUUAUUUAAUGUUUAUUGGAUUUACAUUGCAAUAAUUAUCUUUCAUUUGAUCCUGUUUCCCUAUAUAUACUCUGGUUCAUCAUUAAAACUCUUAGACUGGG